AUGGCAGUCUUGGCUACAUUCUUUGCUGCCAUCUCCUCCUUGCCUUCAACCACAUCAGCAUUUUAUAUUCCAGGCCUUAGCCCAACAGUCUUUCGAGAAGGAGACUCAGUUCCACUUUAUGUGAACAAGAUUUUUUCAGAAAAGUCACCUUUACCAUAUGCUUAUGCAGAUCUGCCCUUUGUUUGUGCUCCACCAAAGAAUGCAAAAAAAGCGUGGCUCAACCUGGGUGAAGUUCUAAGAGGGGAUCGCAUCUCGACAUCUGACUAUGAGCUGAUUGUAGGUCAAGACAUCAAGUGCAAAAUCCUCUGUACAAAGCGCGUUUCUGCCGAAGAUGCUGCACUCGCAAGGGACUUUAUUGCCAACGAUUACAACGUGGAGUGGAUUGUGGAUAACUUGCCCGGCGCAACGCGAUACAAUUUGGGAGACGGUCAAGCCAACAAACAGUGGAGAUAUAGGGCUGGAUUUCCUCUGGGCAAAUCAAACAGUAACAUCCACAACCAUGUCACAAUCCGUAUCUUGUACCAAAAUCAGCAGGGACCAUCGAAUGGAAAACUGAUUGUUGGCUUUGAGGUCUCACCCUACUCAGGGAACUGGCUAAAUACAAAGAUGAUGUUGCAUUCUAUGCUAUAUAGUAUUGAUCAAGGAGAUAGCGAUCUAUGUCCCGAAGAUCCUUUGAAGGUGGGAGCUUUUCAGACAGUCUCGGAUAAGGAGGUCGACAUUCAGUACACAUACUCGGUUCAAUGGAUUGAGGAUAAAGAAAUCACCUGGAAGAACCGCUGGAAUCUCUAUCUUGUCAGCACUGACGUCCAAGUGCAUUGGUAUUCGAUUGUCAAUUCGAUUGUAAUAAUGCUGUUCCUGACAGGAUUGGUCAGUCUCAUUAUUAUGCGUACGCUAAAGAAGGAUAUUGCGAUCUACAGCGAGGAAGAGAUGAAGGACGAACAAGACGAGGGUGCAGGCUGGAAGUUGGUUCAUGGAGAUGUAUUUAGGACCCCAAAAUAUUCUUCCUUGCUAUGCGCUGUCAUCGGGUCUGGUGUUCAAAUUCUUGUUAUGGCAAUUUCUAUCAUCAUUUUCGCUCUCCUUGGAAUUCUCAAUCCAUCCUAUAGAGGUGGCUUCGUCUCCUUUGGACUAUUCUUCUUUGUUUUUGCUGGAGCAUUUGCGGGCUAUUAUUCUGCACGAUUAUACAAGGUCUUUAGGGGCAUCUCAUGGACAAAGAAUGCCAUUAUUACCUCCACGCUUGUCCCCGGAUUCUUAAUGACCAUUGUCUUCUUACUCAACCUAUUUGUGUGGUCCAAGAACUCUUCCAACGCUAUUCCCUUUGGGACUUUCUUUGCAUUGGUAGUGAUGUGGUUUGGCAUUUCACUUCCUCUAUCUUUGAUUGGCGCCUUUUUUGGCCAGCGCAAGGCAGUCAUCGAUCAUCCUGGACGUACAAAUCAGAUCCCACGACAGAUUCCUGAGCCUAUCUGGUAUAUGCGUCCUCGCUUCACAAUCGCACUUGGGGGAUUGCUGCCGUUUGCAGUCAUUUUCAUCGAGCUAUUUUAUAUGCUAAAGUCGAUCUGGGAAGACCAAUACUACUACAUGUUUGGAUUCCUGAGCCUUGUUUUUGUGAUCCUGUUGAUCACCUGCGUGGAGAUCUCUAUCAUUGUCACCUACUUUCAGCUCUGUGAUGAGGACUAUAACUGGUGGUGGAGAAGCUUCUUUGUGCCUGCGUUCUCUGCAGUUUACAUUUUCUUGUAUAGCUUGGUUUACUUCACCAAACAAUUGUCAAUCCAUCAUUUUGUGCCUGGCUUGAUCUACUUCACAAACAGUUUGAUGAUCUGUAUUGUCUAUGCACUCCUGACGGGAGCGACCGGUUUUAUUAGCACCUACUGGUUUGUUCGACGCAUUUAUUCUGCAGUAAAGAUUGACUAG